CCAUGCUGACUGAGGAUGAUGCAUGCUGUGGUCCAGAAACAUCUAAGGACUCAAAAUUGGGGGAUUUUGUAUGCAGAGUGUGUACUCUACCAUUUAGCUGCGGCUAGUUUUUUUUUUUUUUUUAUCCUUUCGCUCUUAACUUACCUGAAGUCCCAACAAGCCAGAGUUCCAGUACUUCCAAAAGAAGAGGUGGCCAAACUGGAAAAACAUCUGAUGCUCCUCCGUCAGGAAUAUGUCAAGUUGCAGAAGAAGCUGACUGAGACGGAGAGGAAAUGCACUCUCUUGGCCGCUCAGUCUAACAAGGAGAGUGCCAGCGACUCCUUCAUCAGUCGGCUGCUUGCCAUCGUAGCAGAGUUGUAUGAGCAGGAGCAAUACAGUGACCUGAAGAUAAAGGUUGGAGACAGGCGCAUCAGCGCUCACAAAUUUGUAUUGGCAGCUCGCAGCGAGACUUGGAGCCUGGCCAACCUGGUGUCUACGGAGGAGCUGGAUCUGUCAGAUGCUGACCCGGCCGUGACAACGGCGAUGUUGCGUUGGAUCUAUACAGAUGAGCUGGAGCUGAGAGAAGAUGACGUGUUCCUGACCGAGCUGAUGAAACUAGCAAACAGGUUUCAGCUACAGCUCCUCAGGGAAAGGUGUGAAAAAGGAGUCAUGUCACUUGUGAACGUCAGAAACUGCAUCCGCUUCUAUCAAACAGCUGAGGAGCUGAAUGCCAGCACUUUGAUGAACUACUGUGCAGAGAUAAUUGCUAGUCAUUGGGAUGAUUUGAGGAAAGAAGACUUUAGCAGUAUGAGUGCUCAGCUAUUGUAUAAAAUGAUCAAAUCCAAAACAGAGUUUCCUUUGCACAAAGCUAUUAAAGUGGAGAGAGAAGACGUCGUUUUCCUGUAUCUUAUUGAAAUGGAUUCGCAGCUGCCUGGGAAGCUAAACGAAGUAGAUCACAACGGAGAUCUUGCUUUAGAUCUGGCACUUUCUCGAAGACUGGAAAGCAUUGCAACCACCCUGGUUAACCACAAGGCAGAUGUGGACAUGGUGGACAAGAAAGGCUGGAGCUUGCUGCAUAAAGCUAUUCAAAGGGGAGAUAAAUUUGCUGCUAGCUUCCUUGUUAAAAACGGUGCCCGGGUGAAUGCUGCAACCUUGGGAGACCAGGAGACUCCCUUGCACCUCGUGGCCUCCUACAGCCCCAAGAAGCACAAGCCGGACAUCAUGGCAGAGAUGGCACAGAUAGCAGAGUCCCUCUUAAAGGCAGGAGCCAAUCCGAACAUGCAGGACAGCAAAGGAAGGACUCCACUGCAUGCCUCCAUCAUUGUGAGAAAUGACCCAGUAUUCAGCCAGCUUCUCCAAUGCAAGCAACUCGAUUUGGAACUGAAGGAUCAUGAAGGAAGCACUGCUUUGUGGCUUGCUGUUCAGUAUAUCACGGUGUCUUCUGACCCGUCCGUCAACCCCUUUGAGGAUGUCCUGGUGGAAAACGGCACUUCCUUUGAUGAGAACAGCUUUGCGGCCAGGCUCAUCCAGCGUGGCAGCAAUACGGACGCUCCCGACACAGCGACCGGAAACUGCUUGCUGCAAAGAGCAGCAGGGGCAGAAAACGAGGCUGCCGCUCUGUUCCUGGCAACUCAUGGGGCCAAAGUUAACCACCGGAAUAAAGCGGGGGAGACCCCGCUGCACACAGCUUGCCGGCAUGGCCUAGCCAACCUCACGGCAGAGUUGCUGCAGCAAGGAGCAAAUCCUAAUAUCCAGACGGAGAAAGCUGUGCCUGCCCAGAAGGGGACAGCGACGCCCAGCACGGCAGAUAACGUCAGCCUGCAAACUCCUCUUCACAUGGCAAUAGCUUAUAACCACCCAGAUGUGGUGUCCAUCAUACUGGAGCAAAAAGCAAAUGCCCUUCAUGCUACCAGCAAUCUGCAGAUCAUUCCUGACUUCAGUCUCAAGGACUCCAGAGACCAAACAGUCCUGGGAUUAGCCUUAUGGACAGGAAUGCACACUAUUGCUGCUCAGCUGCUUGGCUCUGGGGCCUCCAUCAAUGACACGAUGUCAGACGGGCAGACUCUGCUGCACAUGGCAAUACAGAGGCAGGACAGCAGGAGCGCCCUCUUCCUCCUGGAGCACCAAGCAGAUAUCAGCGUCAGGACUCAGGAUGGGGAGACGGCCCUCCAGCUGGCCAUCAAAAACCAGCUCCCUCUUGUGGUCGAUGCGAUCUGCACUCGGGGAGCAGACAUGUCUGUGCCAGAUGACAGAGGGAACCCUCCGCUCUGGCUCGCUCUGGAAAACAACCUGGAAGAUAUUGCUUCGACUCUGGUGAGACACGGUUGCGAUGCAACGUGUUGGGGUCCAGGACCGGGAGGUUGCUCACAGACUCUGCUGCACAGGGCCAUCGAUGAGAACAGCGAACAGAUCUCCUGCUUCCUUAUCCGCAGCGGCUGCGACGUCAACAGCCCGAGGCAGCCAGGGGCCAACGGCGAGGGCGAUGAGGAAGCCCGCGAUGGACAGACGCCCUUGCACUUGGCGGCUUGUUGGGGCCUUGAAGAAACGGUGCAGUGCCUUCUAGAGUUUGGAGCCAAUGUAAAUGCACAGGAUGCAGAAGGCAGAACGCCCAUCCACGUUGCCAUUAUCAACCAGCACGGUGUCAUUAUCCAGCUGAUGAUCUCGCACCCGGAAAUCCAGCUCGGCAUACGGGACCGGCAAGGCAUGACCCCUUUUGCCUGCGCCAUGACGUACAAGAACAACAAGGCGGCAGAGGCGAUCCUGAAGCGGGAACCGGGAGCGGCCGAGCAGGUGGACAACAAAGGCCGGAAUUUCCUUCACGUGGCCGUUCAGAGUUCCGAUAUCGAGAGCGUGCUCUUCUUGAUCAGUGUCCAGGCAAACGUCAAUUCCAGGGUCCAGGACGCCUCCAAGCUAACUCCGUUGCAUCUUGCCGUGCAGGCUGGCUCUGAAAUCAUUGUGCGUAACCUGCUGCUUGCAGGCGCCAAGGUCAACGAGCUGAACAAGCACCGCCAGACAGCCCUCCAUCUCGCUGCCCAGCAAGACCUUCCCACCAUUUGCUCGGUUCUCCUGGAGAACGGAGUGGACUUUGCAGCUGUGGAUGAAAACAGGAACAAUGCCCUGCACCUGGCAGUGAUGCAGGGACGUCUGACUAACAUCCGUGCCCUCCUGACAGAGUGCACUGUGGACGCAGAAGCUUUUAACCUCAGGGGUCAGUCCCCGAUGCACAUCCUGGGGCAAUACGGGAAGGACAAUGCGGCAGCCAUCUUUGACCUCUUCCUGGAAUGUAUGCCGGAGUAUCCUCUUGACAAGCCAGAUGCUGAAGGGAACACCGUGCUUCUCUUGGCCUACAUGAAGGGAAACGCCAACUUGUGCCGGGCCAUUGUGAGAGCCGGCGCUCGUCUGGGCGUGAACAACAACCAAGGCGUCAACAUCUUCAACUAUCAAGUUGCGACCAAACAGCUUCUCUUCCGGCUGCUGGACAUGCUGUCCAAAGAACCCCCCUGGUGCGACGGCUCCAAUUGCUACGAAUGCAGCGCCAAGUUUGGAGUCACGACAAGGAAGCAUCACUGCCGGCACUGCGGGCGCCUUCUCUGCCACAAGUGCUCAACCAAGGAGAUCCCCAUCAUCAAAUUCGACUUGAACAAGCCUGUCCGGGUCUGCAACAUCUGCUUUGACGUCUUGACUCUGGGCGGAGUUUCCUAGUUCCCCUGCGCAAAGGAGAGUGACUCCCGGGCCACGCCCCUCCUUCCUCCUUGCAAACCGCCUAUCGCAGGGAUGUGGGUUGCAGGGGGUGGGGCACCUAUUUUGUCUUCCUGUUAAUGGCCGAAACUGAUUGACUUAAGGGACCACGCAAACACUAUAUUCCAGUAUAAAUGGGUUUUGUACGAAUGCUAACGCUAGAAAACUGGAUCGGGAACAACUUGGAACUCUUGCAAAGUUGGUGCGGGAACAAAUGUGAACUGAGUGAGAGGCCCUCUCCUUACUCUGGCGCGGGGCAGAGAAAAUGAAAAUUUUGCAUUUGUGGAUCAUGUAACAUAGCAGGCCUGUGCAAAUGGCUGCCGAGCUGUGAGCAGGGCUUCUUCGAAGCCCAAUCACACUGUGGGGUGCGGGAGGGGUGGGUGUUUGAAUAUUGUGAGCACUUAAGAAAUUCCUGGGUAACUCUGUGAUAACCAGCCCCUCUUGUUACCUUCCUGAAGAGAAGGUUCUGGUUCCCUCGUUGGCUUUUGUCCUAAAAUGGGCAACUGUGCUAUGCACAGUGAGUGUUCCCUCCCAGAAGAAGCUGCUGUCUUCAAAACAGGGUUUUGUCGUUUAAAUGCAUUUGCUGAAGAAUUCCUUUGUGUGGCCUUACGACAGAAGCUUUACAGUUUCUCCUGCUUGAACAGGAGCCUCAACGGCAGCUCCCAUGCUGUCAGAAUGUUGAUAUCUUCCCUUCCCAAUCUGCUCUCUUCCAUGUUAAAAAUAAA